AUGCUAGCAGCGCAUUCGCCAUGGAUUCCCAUGUGGAAGGCCUUGGCGGCAGCUUGGCUGACAGGCGCCGCGGCGCUCGAGGCCAGCGCUGUGCUGGCGCCCGCGGCGCCAGGUCUCGCCGAGCUGCUGCUGAGCAUCAACACCUCGGCAGCGACCUGGGCCUCGAGCUGCCGGCUGAGGGUGGAAUUCAGCGAAUCCAGUUUGCGCCUCCCAGAAGAUGUGCCCAGCCUGCCAGGCUGCCAAUUUCUGUCUGAGCUGCCGGCGCUGCCGGCGCCAGAGUCCUGUGAGGUUUUCGAUGCUGCCGGCUUCGAGCUCCAGUUGGGCUGCCUGCGGAAGAGCUCGCAGUAUCACCUGGUGCUCCGGGUCUUUGCGCUGGCCACGUCUGCGCCAGGGCAGCUGGGUGGCCUGAACGUCUCGCUUUCGUCGGAGGGGCUCUCGGAGAUGGCAGCCGCGGAGGUCCAGGGCGAGGUGCUGGCGCCCGCCUCCAGCUGCCCCUGGCUGGAGGUGCAGCUCCCGAGGUAUCUAGACCCCGGCCCUUUGGAGGGCGAGACCAUGGCCCUGGCUUUCACCCUCCGGCACGACGACACAGAGCUUGAGCCUGGGGAUCAGCUGCUGCUGACGCCUAGCCCCUUGUUGCUGUGGAACCCUUCGCAGUCAGCCUGCACCGUGGUCUCCGACAGCCCGCUGGUUUGCCGCUGGGUGGACGCUUUGGGUGUGCGCGCGGCGCUAGCGCUGGAGGGCUUCAACUCGAGUCUGCCGGCCGCAGCGAACGGGACGAGCUUCGAGCUGCGGCUGAGGCUUCCCUUGGGUGGCGCUACAGACCACCGCCCCUGGCGUGGCUUGCUGCGGCGCGGCGCCGGCGCCUGCGCCUUGGACGCGGCCGUGGUGCUGGGGCCGCAGCUCCGGGCCGCAGCGAGGCCCUUCGCCACGGCUGCCGGCCUCAAGGGCGCGGUGCGCCUGGACUUGGAUCCCGGAGUUGACCUCUGCAUGGACCCUUUGGCUGCCUUGCCUGGCCAGGUACGGAUUGUGCCCCCGCUGGCUUUGAUGCUGCCGAGCCAGUCGGCAGAGGGACCCAGCGCUGCUCCGGUGGACUGCUUGCGACAGGCGGGCGGCUUCUGCACCAUGACCUUGUCUCCCAGUGAGUGGCGGCGCGGGCUGCCUUGCCUCUUCCGCGGCGUCGUCUACACCGUGGAGUGGGAGGAUGUCACGACCAUCGGGGUGAAAAUGGAGAUCUCCGGAUGGCACAUUGAGGUUGACUACCCCGUCCUGACAGGCGGCGAGCUGCCUCUCGGCUGGUCUGCGCUUGCAGCGGCGCUGCCGACAACUGCAGGCCCGCUGCCCUUCCUGGCGGCGCGGUUCCUGCGGCCGGUGCUCGGGGGCCAGCAGCGCCGGGAGACGCUGCUGCUGGUGCGCUUUCGCACAGGCACCAGCCAGGCGUACCAGGACCUGCUGCCCUUGCGGCGGCCUUCGAGACUGCGUCUCUCCUGGGACAAGGGCCUGGCGUUCUCAGACUUCCAGGGCUGCGACCUGGUGGUGGAGAGCCGAAACCUGCCGCUGUUGCUGCGCUGCGAGCGCCUUGAGGGCUUCUGGUCCGCAGUGGAGCUCCACUUGGAUGGGGUGCUGCAGAGCGAGGAGGAGUACGACCUGCUGCUCCCGGUCGUUUCCUCCUCUUUCGAGGGCGCGAUGAAGCUGGAGGUUCUUCGGGAAGACGAUGCUGAGGAUGACGUGGCUGAGUGGGGUGAGGUGCCAUGCUCGGGGCUGCUACUUGACGGGGCCUCCGUCUUUGAUGAGCUGGGCCCCGUGCUGAACUCCAACGAGGUCUUCACCACCGACGAGGACGUUCUUGGCCUGGCGCCCUGGCAAAGCCAAAUGGCCGUGGGGGUGGAUGCGAGGCUCCAGAUUCUGGAGGUGGACACGCUGGGGGGCCCGCAGGUACGAUCGCAGCAGCGCUGCGACGGGCUGGCAUCAUCUUGCCGCGGUGGUGCUUUGGCAAAGCUGCCUGGGACACAGCUUGCACUUUGCGACGGCACCCGGAUCCUUUGGCUGGAGCUGGCGUCCGAAAUUCGCUUGAUGGGCCGCUUUGGUGGCUUGCCGCAGCUGGGCAGCAGCGGCCUGGGCUCCUGCAAUGCGCUGGCGGCCUCGGCUGGAGAAAUCUUCGUCGCGGACGGAGCCAACCAUCGGGUGAUGCAGCUCCAGACCUCCGCGCUCCGAGCUGCGGCGGUGGAGGCAGUGGAGCUGCCGGAGGCGGCGCUCUUGGCGCUCAGUGGGCCCCUGCAGGUCAUUUACGGCUACUAUGACUCGGAGGUCCUUGUAGGCCAGCAGGGUCAGCAUCCGCUGCCGGCCCGGCUGCUGCGCAUCCGACUGUCAGAUAGGGCGCUGCUGGGCUGGGUCUUCCUGCGGUACUCCUCCUUCACUGACCCCAACCAGAUCUUCCUGUUGACGAUCGACGAGCUCACGGCGAUGGCGGUGGUGCAGGGGGAGGUGUGGGUGACAGGGCCUAGCUUGCUGAUGAGGCUGGACCCAGCGACCCUGCGAUCUCGGGACUUUCUAAUUCCCGCCCCUGAGUGGGGCCGCAUCACUGCCAUGACGGUAUACAGCGAGACGCUGGUUCUUGGCACAGCAAACCCGGCGCUGGUCAUUGAGGUGCCUCUCGUCGGCGCGGCGCUGGCGGAUGCCGUGGCCUCCGUGUGGCACCUGGCGCCUGGGCAGGGCGCGCCCAGCCUCGCCGCCGCGGCCGCUGCGGCCACUGCGGGCCUCGGGAGCUCCAUGGCGGUGCUGGGCACCGACUCGGCGCCCCCGCGGCUGCUGUUCCUGCCCUCGCAGCUGGUGGUGCCUCUCGCAGGGAACCGCACCACGGCGCUCGCGGUGCUGCCUGCGGUGCCUGCUGCCCCGGGUGGCCGACUGGCGGUGGCUGUGGGCCAAGGCGCAGACCCAGCUGCACUGCACCUGUUGCACCUGCCGGUGGCGAUUUGUGCAGAGCUGAACAGCUCCGAUGACUCCGAGGACAACGCAAAUGCCACCCAGGACUGCGGCUUGCCGGUGGUCGUCCGCUCCAUCCCUUUGGAGAGUGGCCUGGAGAUCUCCAGCCUGGUGUACGACGGUGCCAAUCUGCAAGCUGCGCUGGUGGGUGGCAGCGCGACCAGCCCCAGGUCCUUUGCGGUGGAGAUCUCCCCGGAGCUGGACAUGGACAUGGCGAACGCCUCGGAGGUCGGGGAGGGCCGCCUGGCGUUGGCCGUGAGUCCUGGGGCGCUGUGGGCGCUGCUGCUGCCGCCCAGCGGCCCCUCGAGGUUCUCCAUGCUUUCGCAGGAUGACCCCGCCGUUGCAGUGGGCAUGUCCCUGACCUCCGUUUUCGGACUGCGCAUUCCAGGCCCCAUCGACACCGGCUACGAGGCCACCACCGGCAACGGCGGGCUCUCGUCGCCGGAAGGCAUUGCCUACGCGGAUUUGCCGGAGCCCUGCCUCUACGUGGCGGACACCGGGAACCACCGGGUUGUUCAGCUGGCAGUCUCGCUGAGGCUGUUGCGUUACAUGACGCACUUCGGAGAGUCAGGCUUCCCCGGGUCCGGCCUGUCGCGGCUGGACACGCCCGCGGCGGUGGCGGUGGGCGACGGGCUCCGGGUGUACGUGCUGGACGCAGGGAAUCGCCGGGUAGUGGUGCUGGCCACAGGUGACGUGUUGGGUCAGCUGAGCUACAUCCAGAGCUUGGCGCUACCCUUCGCCGUAACCGGCUCGGCGCACCUCGUGUUACAGCCGGGCGCAGGCUUAGGCCCUGCCACCCUGUGGGCUGCGUGGCAGCGGAAUCUGAUGCGCUGGUCGCUGGCCACACCGGCGCGGUGGCAGCUCUUGGCCCCAGCCGAGGUGGCGGCCGAGGCCGUGGUGCCCUUGGAGCUAGACUUCGAGGUGACGGAGGGCCAGCUGGCGCCCGGCGUGGCCGGAGGGCUGCUGCUCACCGCCGCGCCGGCGCUGUCCUGGCAGCUCACGGCGGAGAGCUUGGCGCCGCUGUGCGAGGCGGAAGCAACCUCUUCCUCUGGCGCCCGGAUGGUCAUCGGCUGCGAGUUCCUUGGUGGAGGCCCGGGGCUGCCUUAUCCUUCAGUGCUGCUGCGGCCCUUGCUACUGGAAGGGCGCAUGAGCCUCUCGGUGCGGUGCCGGCUGCCCGCGGGAGCGGCGCCCAACGUCUUUGACGUGCGCUCGGGCGCCUGGACGCUGGCGCUGCUGGGGCAAGGCUACGGGGUGCUCCGGAGCCGCCUGCUGCCGCCGCCGGCCAUCCCGGCGCUGGCGGUGCCCGCGGCGCCCCGGCUGUCGCUGCCGUUGGUGGUGGCGCCCCCGCAAGGCCGUGCUCGCCUUGGAUUCGACGUGACGGUGCGGGCGCUGCUGAGCCCCGGAGCCCUGGCGCUGGGGGGGCCGCUGCCCGGGCGCCUGGCGCUGCUGCUGCCGGAAAGCUUCCAGCUGGAGGAGGCUGAGGGCUGUGUGGUGGAAUCCCCGAGCAGCUGCGUGCUGGAGCUGAGUGCUGGCGUGCGCCUGCAGGCGGACGCCCCGUGGCCGCUGCUGCUGCGGCUCCGGGCGGCGGCGGAGGAGGUGUGGGGCUUGCGCCUGGAGAGCGCUGGUCCCUUGAAGGCUGUGAGCAUCUCCCAAACUGCGGGCGUCAAGUUCGAGUUCGGGACGCUGAUCCCGAGCUCCUGGCCGCACUUCCCCACGGUGGACGCCUGGCCGUUGAUUUUGGGCCCCGCCUUGCUCGAGGUCAGCUUCAGGCCGUACUCACCUGGUACAACCAGCAUCAUCAUCGUGGGCCCCGAGACGACAGUCCUCACCUGCCGGCGCCUGCAGCUGAGCGCGUGCGGGGCGCUGGCGCCGAGCCUGGCUCCGCGGUGCGCCGCCGCGCUGAGCUCUGUGCAGCUGUGGGCGGACUUUGCCGCAUGGACCACCUACCAGCUGAACUUGGAAGUGCAACACCUGCCAGGCUCUUGGCUGCCGGAUGAAGCAGCUGAAGAGGUGCUGCGGCCGGUGCGCGAGGCCAACAUGUCCGGGGACUUGCCUUGGUGGCGCAUCAGUUUUGAGGAUGACACUCGCAGCCUUGCGACCGCACGCUGGAUUCCCGGGUACCCGGUGUGGCCCCAGGGCUUCAACUUCUCUUUGGACUUCGUGUCUCUGGCCCUGGCACCGUUGCCAGCAGGCCCCGCGCUUUUGGAGGUGACGCUGGCGGUGGCACAGGAAUUGGGGGGAACGACCACGCCGCGCUUGCGGCUGUAUGCUCCUGCUGGGCUAAGCUUCGAUUGCGCCAGCGCACGCUUCGAGCUGGUUCCCCGCUUGGCAUUGGAGCCCUUGCCAGCGGAGGGCACCUGCAGAGGGUCGGGCCUUCUCGGCGCCUUCCCCUACUUGGAGCUGCGGCUGGGGGCCUUCUCGGUGCUGCUGGCUGAGAUGGAGUACAGCUUCCGAGUGCCGGUGCUGCUACCUUCGGACAGCGAACAGUUGAUUUGGUACGCCAGCCUCGAGGCGGGGCCGCUGCUUUUCGGCAGCUCCGCGCGGUCGCGAACCUGGCGACGCAUGGAGCUGUCGCUGGCGCUGGGCGCCUGGGCCCAGGGCGGCCUGGCGCCGCUGCAGGUGGCGCUGAAGACCUCGCGGCUGCUGGCCUCCCAGGACGGCGAGCGUGGCUGCAUCGAAAUCGUCGCAGCGCCCCUCUUCGCGUUCUCCGCCCCUUGCUUGGUGCGCGGCGCUCUGCCCGCGGACACCGAGGUGCGAAACCUGCCUGCCUCCAGCUGUGAAGGCUCCGAUAGAUUGGCGCGGCUAUGCUUGGCGCCUGGUAUGUAUGUCCAGCCGGGUGUGGAGUACCGCUUCGUGCUGCUGUCUGUGCAGAUCCCAGCGGGAACUCUGGGCAGGCGCCUGGCAGCUUCCAGCUGGACAGCACGCAUGGUGGACGCCACUGGACGAGAGGUGGAGAGCUACCUGCAGGAGGACUUGAGCGAUCCCCCCGUCACUGUGCCCCGCCUGGAGGCCUUCAGCUUCAGCGCGGCCUCCUCGUCCCUGGCGCGGAGGCUGGGGUCGGAGUACGUGGCCGCCUUCACCUUUAAGGCCUCCGCCACGGGCGCGGAGCCCAUCUUCGCGCUGCAGGUGACGGCGCCCUCAGGUUUCCAUUUCACCGAGGGCCAGGACUGCAGCCCCGACAGCAGCGCCGCGGUGCUGCCUCUGCCCGCCGCCUCGGCCGCGGUGGAGUCCGGGCCGCGGCAGCUGGCCGUGGGCUGGUGCCGGGCCGCCAGGUUCCAGCCGGCUGCAUUGCUGCCAAACAGCGAGAUGCACUUUGAGGAGGAUGCUUUGCGGUCCGCGAGGCUGGGCCUGCCCAAGCCCGUGGUGGACUUCCGAGAGCGCUACUUGUUCCGGGUGGCGGUGCAGCAUCCGGAUCACCGGCCCAGGGGCAUCGAGACCUGGGCUUUGAGCGUCUUGGGCUCGGAUUGGGCGAUCCUGGCGCAGCAGAGCGACCUGCAGGCGUACGAGCUGGUGGGGGACUUGCAAGGGUCCCUGGAGGCUUCGAACCCCUUGCUUUCCAUAGGUGGCGAAGAGGAGAACAACGUGACAGUACACUUCAAGCUCAGCACCAAUUUGCCGGCAGGCGGGGAGCUCCAAUUGCUCCUGGCGGACGGCUUCACCUUCCCAGGCCCUGUGUCACCAUCGAGCGUGGAGACCAGCUCAAGCACCUCUACCAGGAUGGCAGACGAAGAGGAGAACGAGAGCAACGUCAGCAACACGACCAGCACCACCAGCACCAGCCUGAACACGUCUUCCACAAGCACCACAAUGACAAGGACCAGCACAAGAACAAGCACCACUACAACGAGUACUACGAUGCCUGAUGGCCUGCCUGAGGUACGGUGCACCAUCAGUGCCCUGGACGCUACGGAGACCAACUGCAGCGGGGGCGUGGCGCGCUGGCGCACAACUGCGCUGCUUGCAGCAGGGACCACCUACAACUUCACGCUCUUGGUGGUGAAUCCCGCCACGGACACAUUUGGACAGUGGCGACUGCAGAGCUUCACUAGUUCUGGCAGCAUGUUGGACGAGGCCUGGCUGCCGGGCUUCGCCUUCGCGGGCUCGGUGCCCAUGGCAUUGGGAUUUGCCUCCCAGGCGCUGGCGGAUAAGGAUGCCGUUGCCCUGGUCUACAUGGUCUUGCCUCGACUGCGCGCAGGGGCGCAGCUGCGCGUCACCGCCCCGGCCAGCUUCCAGCUGCCGCCUGGCCGCGCCUGCGAGCAUUUUGUGGCGGCGGCGCAGGCCGGGCGCGCAUCGGUGCCACAGGGCUUGCUGCCGCUGCUGCCGGCGGCCUGGGAUGCCUUGCCGGGAGCAGGUCAGCCACCUUGGACUGAGACGGCAGUUCCUUUGCCGCCCUUUGCGAGCUGCAGCCUGGACGGGUCGAUCCUCAUCGACCUCUUCGGACCCGUGGGAGGCCGGACCUACGUGAUGGCUGUGUCAGUGUACAGCCCGGCAGUCCAGCCGGCAGGAAGUGAGAACAUUUGGAAGAUGGAGGUGUGGAUGCAGUCUGCAGCGGUGAGCAAGCUUCUCUACGUCGCCUCGGCGCCAGGCUUUGCGCUGGUGCCCAAGCUGCAGCAGUCCACCGUGUACCCCUUCCGCUCGUUGGGGGACGCCUACCUUACUCAGUCACUGAUUUUGCCGCCUGGCGCAUCACUGAUCUCGCUGAGGGUGGAGUUUGUGCUCCCAAGCACAGACAGCCUGGGGGCGCGCCUGGAGCUGCGCCUGGCGGCGCCGCCGGGCUUUCAGCUGGGCAGCAGCGGCGGCUGCGAGGUGAGGUCGCUGCUGCUGGGCCAAGACUUCGUUCCGGAGUCAGCGUCCAGCUGCAGCGCCGCGGAGCAGCAGCUCCGGCUGUCGGCGCGGCCCUCCGGAGGCGCCUCCGGGGAGGUUCCCUACAAGGCGGAGAUCUUUCCAGCCUUACCGCCAGUGGAUGCGGAGGGCCCGGACAGGUUCUGGGACAUCAAUGUCUACACUUGCAACCACCGCGGAGAAAGCCUUUCCGAUCUCUUUUGGCAGGAGGCUGAUGACUGCCAGCUGCUGGCUGCCAGCACGGGCAUCCCCAGCUGGCCAAUGUCCGGAUAUCUCCACGUGGACCGGCUGGUGGUCACGGAUGCCUCCGCGGCGGAGCCCGGCUCCGUGCUGGGGCAGUGGCUUCAGCAGCAGACCUGGGUGCAGCAGAACGAGCUCCUGUCCCUGGAGAUCCGGGGGCUGCGCAUCAACGGGGUGCUCUCCAAGGGCGGGGCCCUGCGCGUGCGGGCGCCUGAAGGCUUCGAGUUUCGGCACCCCUUCGAUGCUGGGUCUGUGAUCGCUCCGCGGCAGCUGGCAACCAGCGUGGCCACGGCGAGGGAGCUGGAGCUAUACUUCCAAGACGACCUGGUGGGGGACGACGGCGCCCUGGACCUCACGGUGGCGGUGGCGGCCAGCGCCGCCUUCCAGGAGCCCGCGGAGCCCUGGAAGUUAGAGAUGCAGUCGCCCACGGGGGAGCUCCUGGCCGUGCAAGGGAACAUCGGCAGCUUCGAUCGCUUGGCCUCGUUCCGCCACCUGCUUGUGGCCUCCAGCCCCGCCGGGGAGUUCUUCGACCUGGCGGUGUUCCUGGCCAUGCCGGAGACCUUGAGCCUGGUGGGCACCUCCAACUUCUUGCGGCUGCAAGCCCCGGUCUUCGUGGAGUUCGCCCCCUGCGGCCAAAGGGACGAGGAGCUGGCGCCGGUGCCGUCCGCCCUGGCAGGCGCCUUGCAGAACGAGCGCGUGGAUCCAGCCUUGGUGCGCCCUCUGCCGAGCUUCUCCGCGUGUACGGCGGGCGGCGACGUGCUCACCGUGCACUUGGGCGGCCGGCGCCGCGGCUCGGGGCGCGGCGCGCUGGUGGCCAGCGCCGUCUACGGCUUCGUGUGGCCGGCCCGGCGGGUGGCGCGCCAGGUGCCCUGGCGGCCGCUGGGUCAGUCAGGCAUCGCAGGCCCCGCCGACUCGGAGCUGGUGCUGGCGGGGGAGCGGGCCGACAGCCCCUGGGGCUCUUGGCACUUGGCCGCCUUCAGCGCUGGGCGGCGCCUGCUGGCCUCCACCGCAGAGGGCCAGCUGGCGGUGAGGGACCUGGCGCCGGCGUGGAUGCUGGCGACGCGGCCCUACUACGGGCAGGAGUCCUUGCUGCUCAUCGUGUUCACCCUGGGCGGCUAUGGCUACCCCCCUGCAUCCAAGCUCCGGCUCACGCUGCAGCCCCACGGCGCUGUGGAGGGCCUCCGCUUCCUGAGCUGCGAGCGCCAGCAGUCCCUGCUGCGGCGCGCCCAGUGGCGGGAGCCGCUGCGUCUCACUCAGGUGCCUGCAGAGACUUUGGAGGAUGCCACGACCUCGGUGCCCGGCGACAGCCAGCUCGCGCUGGCGCGCUUUAGCGACUGUGCCGCCGGAGGCAGUGGCAACAGCUCGCUUGCGGGUGAGGUGCAGCUUACGCUCAGUAUGGAGACAUGGCUGACGCCACCUGGGGACCAGUACAUGUUGCAGACGCUGGGCGUGCGGCACGCGCUGGGACCUUCCACCCGGCAGCUGCUGAGCCUCGAGGUGGUCGCCGGCCUAGCGGAGCAGCAGCUGGCAGCGGCGCAGCUCCGGACCUACGCGCUGGCGCAGGAGAUGCUGCUCACCCGUUGGGCGCACAGCAGCUCUGCCAGCGCAGCGGAGAACUUGCUGGACAUCGAGUUCCAGCCCGCGACCUCUCUGCUGGACCGCCAGGCGGCGGCCGCGGGUUUCAUCUUGGUGGCGCCCCCCACCUACCUCUUCACCGAGAAAUCCUGCGAGGAGCUGGUGCUGGAGCGCAGCCAACAGGUCGAAAACCUGCAGACAGGAGUCACUGAGAGCAAGCCCCUCUUCCUGAAGGACCCACCGCUCUGCGAGGUGGCCACGUCUGAUUGGCUCUCCUCUGAUGGCUACUAUCAGCACCAGCUGACGAUCUUCCUCCCCCCGCUUGUGGGUUUCCGGAGCGACCUGCGGUACCGCUUGAAGGUCUUGGUCCUGAACCCACCGAUGUCACUGAGCGACAACUUGAUGAUGCAAUUUCUCAGAGAGAAACGGUCGCCCAAGUUCUCUCCGUCGCCGCUGCUCACGCCGAGCCUCAACAUUUGGCGCAUCUCCACCUUUGUGUGGGAAUCUGGUGACAGCGGCACAGGCGAGGUGCCCUACACCCUGGCGGGCAACUCCUUGGGCCGCCGAGGCAUGAGGAAGCUGGACGAGGUGGCCUGGACCGGCUUUGAGCUGACAUAGAGGCGUGGGAGCUUCGACCCGCAACAAGGACUGCUGAUUCAAACCGCACCUGCUGUCAGAGAGACCCUGAGACGAGAUCCCGGCGUUUUGCAGUGGUUUCGCCAGCCUAGAAGGUGCUUAUGCCUUCAGAACAAGCACCAGGAACAGGCUUGGCGCGACGCCUUUCUGACCGAGGAGACUUCCCAAGUCAUUUGCUUGUCCCCCUGGUGCUGAAGGUCCGCCGGUCCAGUAACUUGGAGUUGGCCAUCAUUGCAGCCGCAGCUCUUGGGUGGAGACGCGAGGGCGAGAUGGUCAGAUGUCGGACCCAGCAGGCGCGCGACUUUUCCAGCACCGCGCCUGCCAGC